GCCAGGGAGCGGUUGCCAUAGAGCUGAGCAGUUGUCCGCGUGCGCAGGCGGAAGUUCCCGGAUCGAGGCGCCGCCAUCUUUGCUGCCCGGACGCCGAGCGAGAGGCUGACAAGAGAGUCGGAGCCGCCAUCCGCUGCCAUCCGUCGCGCAGACCCUGCCGGAGCCGCCGCCGCUAUGGACGAUCGGGAGGAUCUGGUGUACCAGGCGAAACUGGCCGAGCAGGCCGAGCGAUACGACGAAAUGGUGGAAUCAAUGAAGAAAGUAGCAGGAAUGGAUGUGGAGUUGACAGUUGAAGAAAGAAACCUACUGUCAGUUGCAUAUAAGAAUGUGAUUGGAGCCAGAAGAGCGUCCUGGCGGAUAAUCAGCAGCAUUGAACAGAAAGAAGAAAACAAGGGAGGAGAAGACAAACUAAAAAUGAUUCGGGAAUAUCGGCAAAUGGUUGAGACUGAACUAAAAUUAAUCUGUUGUGACAUUCUGGACGUACUGGACAAACACCUCAUUCCAGCAGCAAACACUGGCGAGUCCAAGGUUUUCUAUUAUAAAAUGAAAGGGGACUACCACAGGUAUCUGGCUGAAUUUGCCACAGGAAAUGACAGGAAGGAGGCUGCAGAGAAUAGCCUGGUGGCUUAUAAAGCUGCUAGUGAUAUCGCAAUGACAGAACUUCCGCCAACGCACCCCAUCCGCUUAGGUCUUGCUCUCAACUUCUCCGUAUUCUACUAUGAAAUUCUUAAUUCCCCUGACCGUGCCUGCAGGUUGGCAAAAGCAGCUUUUGAUGAUGCAAUUGCAGAACUGGAUACGCUGAGUGAAGAAAGCUAUAAGGACUCGACACUUAUCAUGCAGUUGUUACGUGAUAACCUGACACUAUGGACUUCAGAUAUGCAGGGUGAUGGUGAAGAACAGAAUAAAGAAGCGCUGCAGGAUGUGGAAGAUGAAAACCAGUGAGAGACAUCAAAGCCAACAAGAGAAUCCAUCUCUGACCACCCCACUCCUCCCCAUCCCUCCCCCCGAAAAUUCCCCAUUGUCACUGAGAACCACCAAAUCUGACUUUUACAUUUGGUCUCAGAAUUUAGGUUCCUGCCCUGUUGGUUUUUUUUUUAAAACAGUUUUCAAAGUUCUUAAAGGCAAGAGUGAAUUUCUGUGGAUUUUACUGGUCCCAGCUUUUAGGUUCUUUAAGACACUAACAGGACUGCAUAGAGGCUUUUUCAGCAUUACUGUAUUGUCUCCGUGCCAGAUGUGGCAAGAUAACCAUUAGAAAUGGAUAUUACAUUGGAAUGCCAUUAGACUUCUAGGUGAAGCGAGAGUCUAGGAGAGAGGUUUAUCGCACUGUAGGGCGCAUGUGGUGGCAUUUUUCCUUUUUAUAAUUGUUUAAACCGAAUUUUAUACCAAUGUUUAAAAUUAAUUGGGUGUUUAGCUUGAAGUUACAGGUUGCGUUGGAACGUUUAUCGUAGUGGUUUUGCUGUAAAAAGUGUUUCCAAACUGUGCUGAAAUGGUGCUGGUAACAGCCCAACAAUCCGUGGCUGCUCAUUCUUGCCGACUUUGACCUUCCCUCACAGCAGGUUAGCAUUGAAGGUGGUAUUGAAAAGCCUGCAUGCGUGUUCAAUUCUUUGGUUUUUCUCCUUCCCUCUUCCCCUUCUUCCCCUUUACUCCCUGCCCUCCUUCGCUCGCUCAACCUCUUUCGUUCAGUAUGUGUAACUUGAAGCUAAUUUGUACUACUGGAUAUCUGACUGGAGCCACAGAUACAGAAUCUGUAUUGUUCUUACUGAAACACAGCAUGGAAUUAACAUUAAACUUAAAUAAAACAAACCUAAAUUAAAAAUGCCAAAAAUUAUUGCGACUCCAUCCUUUAUACUUCUCAAAUAAAGACUCUGGUCCAAACACUAA